GUCACGUGAGAGCAUGUGACGUCACGAGAGACCGUAUGAUACACUGGAGGAAGUAAAGAAAAGAAUCCAUCAGAGACAACAGACAGGGACAGUUUAUAAUAAAGAAACAGAUAUAAAUCAGUAAGUCUCUUUAGACGGAUAAGGACGAGGAGCUCCAGGUCUCUGCUGGCCGCUGAUCUCCACACGAAGAGACAAAAUGACGGCGGCGGUGUUCUUCGGCUGCACCUUCAUCGCGUUCGGCCCAGCCGUCGCGCUGUUCCUGUUUACCAUCGCUCGGGAGCCGCUCAGGGUCAUUUUCCUCAUAGCAGGAGCGUUCUUCUGGCUGGUGUCUCUGCUGCUGUCCUCUUUGGUGUGGUUCAUCUCAGUUCAGAUCAGUAACAAGGAGAGUGCAGCACAACAGAAAGGUCUCCUUAUCUUCGGAGUGGUGCUCUCCGUCCUGCUGCAGGAAACCUUCCGCUUUGGGUACUACAAGCUGCUGAAGAAAGCUAAUGAAGGCCUGCUCACUCUCAGUCAGGAGGAAACCAUGCCCAUCUCCAUCCGGCAGCUGGCCUACGUGUCCGGCCUCGGUUUUGGCUUCAUGAGUGGAGCGUUCUCAGUGGUGAACAUCUUGGCCGACUCUGUGGGGCCGGGAACUGUCGGCAUCCAUGGCGACUCGCAGCACUACUUCCUGUCUUCAGCCUUCAUGACCAUGGCCAUCAUCCUGCUCCACAUGUUCUGGGGCGUCGUCUUCUUUGACGCCUGUGAGAAGCAGCGCUGGUGGGCGGUGGCUGCGGUCGUCAUCAGCCACCUUAUCGUUUCCUGUCUGACCUUCCAGAACCCCGAGUACGUUGCCAGCCUGGUCCCCACCUACGUCAUCUUGUUCCUGAUGGGCAUCUGGGCGUUUUACUCGGCGGGCGGCUCCCUCAGGAACCUCAAACUCUGCCUCACCUGCAAAGACAAGGACUUCCUGCUGGCCAACCACCGGCCCAGAUAACGCAGCACAUGAGGCAGUGUGCAGGACUCUCAAUCCAAAGAUCACGGAGUUCACACACCCACACACACACUCACACUCACAUACACACACAGAUCACAGCAAAAAGGGAGUGUUCACCCGCUGGUAAUCUGCUUACACUUAAGACGUAUUUCAUCAUGUGAGGUUCAGACACCUGAAAGUCAAAGCAGUGGAAGUUUCUUUAUGAAAAGGUACAAAAACGGGAGAUAAUUUUUAUUCAUGUUCAGCUCAGAUCGCUUUGUUAGUGUGGAAUUCUUCAACAUGACGAGGUUGUAAAUAUAUCUCUGUGUGGCUGACAGCGCCCUCUGUUUGUUGCCUGAAGCUCUUAAUGAACCAACAGAUGAACAAACCUGCAUAAGACGCCUCAGCUACCGACACGUUUCACCUUCUGUACAUAGUCUCAUCUUUUCGGCUUUUCUGUGUCAAAUGUGUUCAAUCUUUCAGAGCGUGGAUUUUUUCAUCCAUAAAGAAACUUGUGUACAUUUUUAUGCAUUUUUAAUUCCCUGAUGUGUAGAUAUGAGAAGUUUUAACUUCUGUUUUCCAAAUGUCUUUAGUCUGCUUAAAAACUUGCCUUUUAAUGACAGACACUGAGAGGAGACAUCACCAGUAUUUAUCUGUUAUCUCACUUACUUCAAGCUCUCAUCGUCAGUAGGAUUUUCAGGUAAUAAUAUCAUGACUCAUGGGAAUAUCUGUCCAAAUCAAAGGUAACACAGAUUUCACAUCAGAUUUACACAUUUUCAUUUGGCCUCAGAGUCCUCACUGAUUUUUGGCCUUUUGUGGUAUGAUAGCGAGUAGAGUUGCAAUGAUUAGUCAAUUACACAGUCAAAGAAAGAUGAUUAACUGUGAUUAUCUUUAUAAAUAAUCAACCUUUUCAGUAGUUUGUCAUGUAAAAACGAUCAACACUGGCUGUUCCUCGUGAUUACUGACAGAAAAUGAGGCGUCUUUAGGUUUGGGAUAUUUGAUCCGACAGAAGAGGGAAUUUAAAGACGUCUCUGAGAAAUGUUUUUAAGCAUUAUACACAUUUUUGACAAUUAAUAGACUAAAUAAAUUCAUUAUAACCAAAAAACUGAUCAUUGUAGCCCAAAUUGCUUAAAAAAACAGUGUUGUGUAACCAAACAAAAGACACCGCAGGACCUGUAGUUGAAGAAAACUCAGGCAGCAGACAUUCAAAGGUGUUUACUCCUCACCUCUCUGUUUCUUAAACUAUGAAUGAUUCUUAAGACUUUGAACAGAUGGAGGUUUUUGAUGAAACUUCCUGAGUUUUUCAUUCCCUUGUUGCCUUUUUAAGGAUAUUUAGUUUGGGAGAACAGGAGAUCAAAUAUCUGACAGAAAUUCCAAAAUGUUUUUAUUUUGCUACUUUGGUUUUUGCUGUAAAUGUACAUGUUUGUGUACAGUUUGUACAGGUAGGUAGGAAACACUCUGAUGUAAUUCAGGAUUCAAGUAAAUAAAGAUGAAAAUGAAAUAUUAA